CUGCGGAUUGCCUCACCCGAGUCCAGAUCCGAAAACCAAACAUGACGAACAGUUCAACCUGUUCCAAUGAUACAGACCUCAAACCUUAUUAUGCAAUUACGUACACUUUCAUUCUGAUCCCUGGACUAAUAGGAAAUAUAUUGGCUCUGUGGGUCUUUUACGGCUACAUGAAAGAGACUAAAAGGGCUGUAAUAUUUAUGAUCAAUUUAGCCAUUGCUGAUUUAUCACAGGUUUUAUCCUUGCCUCUAAGGAUUUUCUACUACUUGACUGGAACAUGGGAGUUUGGAGGAGGUCUCUGCAUGCUUUGUUUCUACCUGAAGUAUGUCAAUAUGUACGCAAGCAUCUACUUCCUGGUUUGCAUCAGCGUAAGACGAUUUUUGUUUCUUAUGUACCCAUUCAAAUUCAGCGACUGCAAACGCAUCUGUGAUGUGUACAUCAGCAUUGCUGGGUGGAUCGUAGUCUGCAUUGGCUGUUUGCCUUUCCCUCUUCUCAGACUUCAUCAGAAUGUUAAAAACACAUGUUUUGUGGACCUCCCAGUAAAGGAAGUUGACCUUCCCACCUCCAUUGCCAUGAUGACAAUAGGUGAAUUGGUGGGGUUCAUAACGCCCCUACUAAUAAUUCUAUAUUGCUCAUGGAAGACUAUCUUAUCAUUAAAAGAGAGAAAUUCUGCUUCACAUGACCUUGGAGAGAAAAAAAAAGCUUUAAAGAUGAUUCUCACCUGUGCUCUGGUAUUUCUGAUUUGCUUUGCACCUUAUCAUAUCAGCUUCCCAUUAGAUUUCUUUGUUAAAACCAAAAAGAUUAAGAAUGAAUGUGUCCAGAAAGUGAUAUCAGUGUUUCAUGCUGUAGCUUUGUGUCUUGCCAGUUUAAAUUCCUGCGUAGACCCAGUCAUCUACUACUUUACUACAAAUGAGUUCAGAAGACGACUUUCAAGACAGGAUUUGCAAGACAGUAUUCAGCUACACAACCUAAGUUAUGUAAAAAAGCAUCCCAGAGCUGAGCCCAAGGGGCAAAUCGUUGACUAUUAACGCUGGACUUCCUGAAGUGUUUUUAAGGACUUCAAAUAUUCUCUGUCAUUUGAGGUUUUGGCCCAGCUUUUUCCCCCCAGGACACUGAGAGUGACUACUCAGACAAACUUCUGCUGAUUUCAGUGAGUGCUCGAGUGAAAGGAAAAAAAAAUUGACCAAAAACAUGAUGAUUUAAUACUCUGGUUGCAAAUUUUCUAUGAAUACUGAAUAUAAAUUACACUGUGUAAGUCACACAGGCCCUAAUCCUGAGCUGGCCAGCCAAGAGUUUAGUAGCUUUGCCGGUACAAAGUAGCAGAGUACAAGGAUGGGGUGUAACCAGGAGGACAUAGACCAAAGUUGGUUUAGCCCCACUACCCCACCGCUGACAGCAGGGGAUUAGGAAAGCACUCUGAGGUCGUGCUUUGGAGGCACCAAGCCCGUGACAUAA